AUGAAAAGCACAUUAGAAAGAAUAAAAGAAUUAAAUGAUGAAAUUGUUUCUUGCAAGGUUCAUCUAGAAGAAAUAGAGCAGAACCUAAAAAAGAAAUUAGAAGAAUUUGAAGAAGUCAAAAAACAGUUAGAAGCAGAAAAACAAAGUAAAAAUAUUAUUGAAUCAGAAAAUCAAAAGCUUAAAGAAAGAAUUAAAGACUCUAAUAUCUUGUUAGGUUUAAAUUCCCCUACGGAUACCUUGUUACGACUUAACCCCAAUUGCCAAUCCUACCCUUGUCAGCUGUAUCCCUUGCGGGUUAAUCAACUGGUUUUAGGCAUUACCGACUUUCGUGAUUUGACGGGCGGUGUGUACAAGACUCGAGAACGUAUUCACCGUAACAUGGCUGAUUUACGAUUACUAGCAAUUCCACCUUCAUGGAGGCGAGUUGCAGCCUCCAAUCUGAACUGCG